AACAACAAUAUAUCGAAAAUAAUCAGCAAAAAUAAGAAGAAGAAGGGGAAGAAAGAGGGAAAAAAGAUCCUCUUCCAAAAAGCCGAGAGCCUUUGCUCGGUCGCUCGGUCGCUCGCCCGCUCAAUCUCGAGGGAGCAAUGUCGGAUUUGGACCGGCAAAUCGAGCAGCUGAAGCGAUGCGAGCCCUUGAAGGAAUCCGAGGCCAAAGCUCUGUGCCUCAAGGCCAUGGAGAUUCUAGUGGAGGAGAGCAACGUUCAGAGAGUCGACGCUCCCGUUACCAUAUGUGGAGAUAUACAUGGUCAGUUCUAUGACAUGAAGGGGUUAUUCAAAGUGGGAGGUGAUUGUCCAAAGACAAAUUACUUGUUUCUAGGGGAUUUUGUUGAUAGAGGAUUUUAUUCUGUUGAAACAUUUCUACUUCUGCUAGCUUUGAAGGUCAGGUACCCAGACUGUAUAACUCUAAUACGAGGAAAUCACGAGAGCCGGCAAAUCACACAGGUAUAUGGAUUCUACGAUGAGUGUCUGCGGAAAUAUGGCUCUGUCAGUGUAUGGAGAUAUUGCACAGAUAUAUUUGAUUAUUUAAGUCUAUCGGCACUCAUCGAGAACAAGAUUUUUAGUGUCCAUGGAGGUCUAUCCCCAGCCAUCACAUCAUUAGAUCAGAUUAGAUCAAUAGAUCGGAAGCAAGAAGUGCCUCAUGAUGGACCCAUGUGCGACUUACUAUGGUCAGAUCCCGAAGAUGUGGUUGAUGGCUGGGGGUUGAGUCCUAGAGGUGCGGGAUAUUUGUUUGGUGGGAGUGUGACUACCUCUUUCAACCACUCAAAUAAUAUUGAUUACAUAUGUCGUGCACAUCAACUAGUAAUGGAGGGAUACAAAUGGAUGUUCAAUAACCAGAUUGUAACUGUCUGGUCGGCACCAAAUUACUGUUACAGAUGCGGCAAUGUGGCUGCUAUCCUCGAGCUGGACGAAAACCUGAACAAGCAAUUUCGUGUUUUUGAAGCGGUCCCACAUGAAUCAAGAGGGGUUCCUUCCAAAAGACCAACCCCUGAUUACUUCCUUUAAUUAAAUCACGGGUUUUGAUCAUCCUUCUUUAUAUGAACUUUGAGUCGCAAGCUCGUCAGACUCAAACUACGACUAGUCCAGAGGUUCUUUCAGUAUAUGGGUUGGAUUUGGAUUGAUUGGUUUGUUUUCUAUUUUGCCAUAAGGAGGAUGCUGCUCGGACUUCAGCAGAGAGAUCAAACAAGGUGCUGAGGCUUCGAAGUAGGAGAGAUAAAGUGGAAAUAUAUUGAAUUCGUGAUAUACUGUUAGUUUUUCUUGUGAAAUUUGAGUUAGGUUUGUAGCCAAUGCCAUCAGUUUGUAUAUUCUCUCUCUCUCUCUCUCUCUCUCUCUCUCUCUCUCUCUC